CUUACGUAAACACGAAAAGAAAUAUGAUUAUUUAUUAUAAUUACAAUACUUUUUGUAAAGAUAUCACGAGAUAUGGCUCGAAAUCAAAAGAUUCCAAAAAUCAACAGGACGAUGAAGGUGCUGGCGAUUUAAAGAAAAUCGAGAUCGAAUGUCAGGGUUGGAUGAAUACUGCGAACCUUUUAAUACAUGAGUUAACUGGAGAGACGAUUCCUAUGAACGAUUUUCGGUCACGUAUAAAAAACAUGACUACUUCCAGUGGACAAGUAGAAGCCCACACGGAUGUACCAAUCACACAGCCGACUGUGAUGAAACUAACAAAUGAUGACGCUGAUAAAAUUGACAAUGUUGACGAUGAACAACUGGAAGAUGUAAAUCUGUCAAAUAAUCAAUCUAUUGAUGCAAGCGGUGAAGAUAAUGCGGUUACUGAUGGUCCUGUCGAGAUGAUGGUGAUUGGUACUGACGAGAAUGUAAAGAAGAGAACGAUGGAAGAUGUAACCUUUGAAACAACAGCUGUAAGAACCAGCCAAAAUUAUGAAUUUGUAACGACGUGUAAAGGAGAUUUUUAACUUUUAAAAGGCAAAAAUAUCAUCCAUCCUUGAUGACGCCACCGUAAGGCGUGAAAUUUAUG